UGUUUUUCCCUAUUAAAGGGACCAUUGGUUUCCUCAUUUUUCCCAAACACAUUACACAUACAUUUCCAAAUGGCUCUUUCUUUAGCACUUCCGGCCGUGUCAAUAUUUCUUAUCUUCAUUGCUUACAAUUUCUACCGCCGGUUGAAAGCCAAGCUACCGCCGGGUCCACGACCGUGGCCUAUCAUCGGAAACCUCUACGAUAUAAAGCCGAUAAGGUUCCGAUGCUUCGCAGAGUGGUCGGAAAUAUAUGGUCCUAUUUUCUCAUUCUACCUUGGUUCACAACUAAAUGUUGUGAUAAAUAAUGCAACACUUGCUAAGGAAGUAUUGAAAGAUAAUGACCAAAAUUUGGCUGAUAGGUUUAGGACUAAACCAUUGGCAAAUGUGAGUAGAAAUGGGAGUGAUUUGAUUUGGGCUGAUUAUGGACAUCAUUAUGUGAAAGUGAGAAAACUAUGCAAUCUUGAACUUUUUACUACUAAGAGAAUUGAAGCUCUUAGAUCAAUAAGAGAAGAUGAAGUCACUUCCAUGAUCCAUGACAUCUUUAGAGACUCUAAAAAGCAAGGCAAUGUAGGUAAAAGCUUGAUAAUAAGGAGCUACUUAGGAUUAGUAGCAUUCAACAACAUAACAAGGCUAACAUUUGGUAAGAGGUUUAUGGAUUCACAGGGUAAGGUUGAUGAUCAAGGUAAAGAACUCAAAGAGAUAGUCUCCAAUGGGAUGAAGAUUGGAGGAAAACUUAAUCUAGGUGACUUUGUUCCAUGGCUAAGUUGUUUUUUCAAGGAUGAUAAUGAAGCUCUCAAGGCUCAAGAUAGUCAUGUGGAUAGGUUUACUAGGGUUAUUAUGGAAGAACACACUCUUGCAAGGAAGAAAACUGGUGAAACCAAACAACACUUUGUUGAUGCUUUGCUUACACUACAAAAAGAAUAUGAGCUGAGUGAUGACACCGUUAUUGGCCUUCUUUGGGAUAUGAUAACAGCAGGAAUGGAUACAGUAGCUAUAACAGUUGAAUGGGCUAUGGCAGAACUAGUAAAAAAUACAAGGGUUCAACAAAAGGCCCAAGAAGAAUUGGAUCGGAUUAUCGGGUCAAACCGUGUCAUAACUGAAUCAGAUUUGUCCAAGCUCUCCUACCUACAAAAUGUAGUUAAGGAAUCACUAAGAUUACACCCUCCAACUCCACUAAUGCUACCUCACAUGGCUAGUGCAAAUGUCAGAAUUGGUGGUUACAACAUUCCUAAAGGUACAAUUGUACAUGUUAAUGUUUGGGCACUUGGACGUGACCCAAAAGUAUGGAAGGAACCUUUGCAAUUUAGACCUGAAAGAUUCAUUGAAGAGGAUAUUGACAUGAAAGGUCAUGAUUUUCGACUUUUACCAUUUGGUGCUGGUAGACGUAGUUGUCCUGGUACUAAUCUUGCUAUCAAUAUGGUUACCUCUAUGUUAGCUCACUUGUUACACCAUUUUAAAUGGUCACCACCACCUGAGCGCGAGGACAUCGACAUGUUGGAGAGUCCUGGAACUGUCACUUACAUGAGAACGCCUCUAGAAGCUGUUCCUACUCCUAGAUUGCCUGCAAACUUGUAUGAACGUGGUCCUAUUGUUAUAUAACAUCUUCUCAUGAUGUUACACUCAUCCUUUUUUUUACGUUUUUUGAUGUUGUUUGACAUAUCUUGGACUUAACUAAUUUAUUGUUAUUUGAACUAUGAUAAAA